AUGGUCCCAGGACAAGCUCCAAUGGCCUGUCAGGCCGAUCUUCAGAUGACCCGAGCAUUCAUCGUGAUAGGUCUCUAUAUCGAUGUCACCGAUCGACUCGUCCGGACGAUGUAGUGGGAUUGCCUCACCACCGUCUGGAACCCGUGCAACUUGUAUCCUUUCGUCCUCAUGGCUCAGAACGAAAUGCUGGGCUCGGCAUACUGUGAUGCCUGUCAUCGACGGUUCGCCGGCCUGUCCUCUCUCCAGCAACAUCUGACCCAGUCCUCCGCGCAUCAUGCCACCGCUAAAGAUCGGAUCACGAUUCAGGCGCUCUACACAGGACUUGAGCAAUUGACGCCGGACAUGAGGAUGGGUGCGUCCGGGGCAAUCCAGCACCCCGACGCUGUGGGAGGUGGUGGCACGUUGGAGCCGAUCUUCCCGCCAGUUCCAUCGCACGGUCGAGGCGUCCCGAAAGCCCUCGUCUCCCCGGUCUUUGCCUUCCUCUGCCGCAGGAGCGCGAACAUGCCCGAAUUGAGCGAAGUCAUCAGGCGGACGAAGAGCACUCUGGAUCCGAUGAUCAUUCUCUCACUGAUGGAGGCGGCGCGCCGCCUGAACCCUCCCGACAGCGGUCCGGAGGGCACAGAGCUCCGGCGAGUACAACAACAGCAACGCGCGGCACGUGCCCAACUCUCGGAAGAUUCCUUCGUGGAGCGUUUCCGACACAUGGGAUAUCAUUUCCUCCGCGAGGUCGAGCAACGGGAGCAAGCCGAGGCGAGAGGCUGGGUGCCACGAGCCACGCCCGACAUCUUCUUUGCGUCACCGGUAUUUCUAUGUGGUCAGCUCUGCCACUGGGUCGAGUACAAACACUACUUUGGAUUUCCCAAGAAUCCAUUCGUCGCCGGGAAGGAAAAACAGCAGGUCCAGAAGUAUCUCACGCAGUUGGGUCCCGGCGUCAUCGUCUUCGAGCUGGGGUUUCAAUCUGGGCACUUGAAACGGGAUGGGCUGGGAGUCUUCCGGGCGGAGGAAGUGUUGGACAAUCUGUCACUCCAAGGUAUCGAUCCGGCGCGGCGAGGUUGA